CGGACGGUCUCUCCGCCCGCCACGCCACCAAACCGCCGCGAUGCCGCGCGCCUCCGCCCGGCCGCCGCCGUCGGAGCAGGGCCGGAGUGCCUCCCCCUCCUCCGCCCCGGCGGCGGACUCCUCCGUCGCGGCCCUCAUCGACCGCGCCACCUCCACCACGGCCCCCUCCGUCGACCCGGCCCUCCUCCGCGCCAUCAAGUCCUCGGCGCGCGCCUCCGACGGCGCCGUCCGCGACGCCUUCCGCCUCCUCCUCUCCCUCAUGGCCAAGCCCCACUCCCACGUGCGGCUGCUCGCCUUCAGCAUCGUCGACGAGCUCUUCAUGCGGUCCAAGCUCUUCCGCUCCCUCCUCUGCGGCGCGCUCGACGGGUUCGUCCCGCUGGCCGUCGGCUUCCGCAGCACCGAGCAGCUGCCCCCGCCGGCCGCGUCGGCCGCCACGCUCCGGAAGGCCGCCAUCCAGGCGCUCGAGCGCUGGCACCACCUCUUCGGCGUGCACUACCGCCAGCUCCGCCUCGCCGUCGACUACCUCAAGUCGUCCGCGCGCAUCCAGUUCCCCGGCCUCCGCGCCGCCGUCGAGGCCCGUGCCGCACGGGAGGCACGCACGCAGGAGAUCUUGACUGCCAAGGUCGACCGGCUGCGGUCCACGAUUGGAUCCAUAAAGGCUGAAAUCCGGUCCACCAUCGAAGAGAUCCGCAACGGGCUGGCCAUCAUCCGGGCCGAGUAUGAGAAAUUCGAGCGUUAUGCAGACGAGGAGGACGACGAGGAGGAGAUUGCUUCGAUGGCGAUGCGGAGCAUCAGGACAGCAUCGUUGAUGGCCGGGCAAUGGGUGCCCGAGACUCAGGAAAACGAGGCGGUUUUUGAUGCGCUGAGGGAGGCGUACCGGCUCCUUGUAUCGAAGCAUUUCAGCACCAUUCAGGAUUGGAUAUCUGUGCUUGUUAGGGUCAAUCUUGCAGAUAAUCGCUUCAGAGAUUCCGCGUUGAAGGAAUUCAUCGAUGUUAAGAAUGAAAUACGUGCUGUGAGAGGCCAGUGCAAUGAGCUUGGUCUCGAUCUUGAUAAUGUUCAUAGGAAGAAGGAUGUUCUGGAGGAAGAUGAAGAGGAUUGGGUGGAGGGAAAUAUUGAAGUUCCUAGUCCUCCUAGAGUUGUGAGCACUGUAGAUGUUGCAGGUUCCAGCAAGGAAAAUAGGAAGGGAAAGAGGGUUGUCGAUGGAGGCAAUGGUGACGUGCCAAAUGGCGGUAAUAGAUCUCAGGAGAUGGAUCCAGAGAGAAAAAAGCUCCUUUCUGAAGCCCCUUUGGUAUCAUGGAGCUCUGUCUUGGACCGGUGGGGUUCAAAUAUAGAUGCACAUGUAAACCAGAGGGGGCUUGAGCUCGAGAGCCAUUGGGGUAGGAUGGAUAAUGACGCCGUUAUACCUGCUGCAAAGAUUGCAGAGUUAAAUAUUCACCAUUCAGUUUAUAAAGAAGAGCCAGUUGAGAUCCUACCAUGCCGUGUACCUCUGAAGAAAGGUGGUCUUUGCCAGAGAAGGGAUCUCAAGAUAUGCCCUUUUCAUGGGCCCAUCAUCCCACGUGAUGCAACAGGAAAUCCAAUUGGCAAAAAUGGUGGCAGUUCUGAUGCGGGAGGCGAUCUACUUGAGCAGAAAGUAGAAAUUCGUGAGGCAGGAGGAAAUCCGAUUAAGAGAAAUGAAGGCAGUGAUAGUGAAUGUUCACAGGAGGGUCAGGAGCCCUCUACUUCAAUGAUGACAAACAUAAAUAGUGACACCGGUGGUGACAUUGAUCUUAGUAAAAUUACAGUGGAUCAGCUGGCGAUGCAAGCGAUUAAGAAUGUUCGGAAAAGGGAUAUGGAAGACAAAGCACGGGAAAGAGCCCAACGUGCCAGAAUCCGCCAGCACAAUGAAGAUGUUCUGCGGCAAGCGGCUAUUGCUUCAACACCCCACUCAGCAGCAGCAUAUGGCCAGCCUUCUGAAGCACUGGGUCGACGUGGUCGACGUCGAGUUAAGACGAAGGAACCUACACUAUCGUCAAUGCUGAAGAAGAAAGUUACUGCAAAAGAUAGGAUUGCUGGGCGGCUUCUAACUGCUCGAGCUAGGGACGCAACCAUAAGAGAAGCUUCUCAGCAUGAGGAUAUGACCUACAGGGAAGCAUUCCCAAAUCAGUGGCAGUGAAAGCAUCCUGAGUCGGUUGUUCUUUCUUUAUAAUUAACCGUAUUGUUUUGCUGUGCUGUUGUAUGGUGCGGAGCGGCCGGUAUUCCCUUGCACGCUUGAGGUGCUUGAAGUACACGGGUCACUGAAGCUGCUUCCAACCUGUGGAUGGAAAAUUUCAGAAUCAUUUGUACUGGCAGUCGGAUUGAGAAUCCAAAUCAGAACGAGGCACCAACAAACUGAAA